UUUCUUCAACACUCGGCACAAUGCAGCUGCCGCUACUGUCGUACGGUCUCUGGGCCAUGCUGGCCGCUCAAGUGAUAGCGACAGCAUUAACGUACCAGUUGAAUGCCAACGAGAAGGCUUGCUUCUACACGGCGACAACACAGCCGGAUGUGAAGAUUGCAUUCUACUUUGCGGUGCAAUCAGGUGGCUCGUUUGACAUCGAUUAUGAAGUGACCGGGCCGAACAACAAGUUCAUCAUGCAGGGCCAGAAGGAGCGGCAAGGUGACUUCGUUUUCACCGCCAGGGAAGUUGGCGAGUACAAGUUCUGCUUCAACAACGAGAUGAGCACCUUCGCCGACAAGUUUGUCGACUUUGAAAUUUCGGUCGAGAACGAGGCGCGAGUUACCCUCCCUUCGAAGCCAGGCACCGCCCCUGAGCAGACAUCGAUGCUCGAGGAGUCCCUGUUCAAAAUCUCGGGCCAGCUUUCGACCAUUACCCGCAACCAAAAAUACUUCCGCACUCGCGAGAACCGCAACUUUAGCACUGUUCGCAGCACCGAGAAGAGGAUCAUCAACUUCAGCUUGAUUCAGAUCUUGCUUGUUGUCUGCAUGGGUGCCUUGCAGGUCUUUAUCGUGCGGUUCUUCUUCCAGGGCGCGAGAAAGGGUUAUGUAUGAGUCAGGCAUCGGUAUGGCAUGCUACGAAAACUUGAUGGGAUGGGCAGGUGCAAUUGCACAAUAUCGAUAGGCUGGUCUUGCAUGAGAGUUUGUAUCAUUGGGAUGGCUCAUGCUUGGGGGCGGGAUGGUCUCCUGAGGGCCCUAACCGUUAUUUAAUUCCGGUGCAUAUGAUGGUCAUCACUGUGUGCGCAAUUUCCUGGGAGUUAGAAUGGCGAGAUGCUUUUGUGAUGUUAUCUUUGCAAGUUGUUCAUCCAGGUUCCCUUAUCUGAUCUGUACCUGUACUCCUGAAUACCGAAUUACGAGGAAACCGCCAGCUUUGACGGGCCGCCACCACCUGUCUUGGAGAUGACACGCCGAUAAGCUGAUAACGCA